AUGGCUAAGAAUAAGAGACCGAUAAUUAUUUUUGUAUUUCUAAUUGUAGUACUAUACAUCUUCAUCAACACUUUAAAAGUCACAAACGCGCAUCGUACUGCAACUGAGCUAAAUUCAAAGUCACUCUCCAACUCACAGAAGCAGCAAUUAGAGCUAGAGAAGUUUGCACAUAUCAAGAAAUAUGGAUUCAAUUUCCAACUAAAUAACAAGGCAAGAUUACCCGACGAUGCCACGUUAAGGCAACAAUUAGCUUAUCAGUUUCCAUACGAGCCUAAAAAGCCUUUUCCAAAGAACAUCUGGCAAACUUGGAAAGUCACCGAAGACGAUGAAACAUUCCCAAAAAAUUACAAGUCAUAUCUGGAAACAUGGAAGGAUAAUAAUCCCACAUACAAGAGACACGUGCUCUCUGACGAAAUGUGUCUCGAGUUGAUUAACCAGCUCUACUCUACAGUGCCUGAUGUCACCAACGCCUACAACAGUAUGCCCAAGAACAUUCUCAAGGCAGAUUUUUUCAGAUACUUGAUCUUGUUUGCCAGAGGCGGUGUGUAUUCGGAUAUUGAUACCGUGGGCUUAAAAUCCAUCGACGUAUGGCCCUCUUUAAAUGAAACCAUGAAUGGCGAGCCAAACACCGCAGGUAUUGUAGUAGGGAUAGAAGCAGACCCCGAUAGGGAGGAUUGGCACGACUGGUACGCCAGAAGAGUGCAAUUUUGCCAAUGGACCAUCCAAUCAAAAAGCGGCCAUCCUUUGCUCCGAGAAUUAAUUGCCCAGAUUACAAACCUAACUCUCACCAGAAAGAAGAACGGCCAGUUGCGCAAGGUGUUAGGUAAAGAUGAAGGUGGAGACAUUAUGGAUUGGACAGGUCCAGGGAUCUGGACCGAUUAUGUGUUCAGCUACAUGAAUAAUGUCAUGCAGCCUCAAGAGAAUUUUAAAAAUAAGGUCAUCGAUGAUGAUGUAGUUACAUGGAAAAUGUUCACUGGGAUGACGCUGCCCAUAUUGGUGGAUGAUGUUUUGGUAUUACCAAUCACCUCCUUUUCACCAGAUGUUGGACAAAUGGGUGCCAAAACUUCGAAACAUAAGUGGGCUCUCGCCAAACACAUGUUCCUGGGCUCGUGGAAACCAGAAGAAGAGCGAAUGUAA